AUGGACACGGCGCCCCAGACAAGCGCGCAAGCUUUGCAGGUGAUGCUUGCAGUCCUCCGCGGACUGGCAUUUGUGCACAACUGCAACAUCAUCCACACUGAUUUGAAACCCGAGAAUGUUUUGUUCAAAAGAAACAGCGAGCCUGCUAUUGCCGAUUUUGGCUCAGCCACGGAAAGGGGCUCGGCAAGGGAGCUGCAGAGAAGAGCAAAUGUAAGGCUUGCAUCUCCCGAGCUCCUGGAGAAUUGGCCUUUUGAUACGCACACGGACAUCUACAGUCUGGGGCAGACGUUACUGGACGUGAUUUCCCCACCAGGCCCAGAUUCAAUGUACCUUGCCUUAUUUCAAAUCCCUUUAGAGGAGCUGCAGACGCUGCCAUGCUCAAUGGCAAACUACAUCAGAGGACUAGUGGCCACGGACCCCACGCUGAGGCCAAGCGCCGAAUGCGCAGCGGAGCAACUGCAAAGCGUAGCUCUGCAGCUGGGAUGCUGCUGA